AUGAUGUGGCAAUGCCAUCUGUCCUCCUCAGAGUGCCGCUGCUACCGCCUUAACGGCUUUUCCCUUUUCAAGCGUCUGCCGAUUCCUCUCUCGUCAGGUUCACGGAUGCUGGAGCAGAGCGUUGGGGAGUGGCUGGAGUCCAUUGGCCUGCAGCAAUAUGAGAGUAAACUGCUUCUGAAUGGCUUCGAUGAUGUCCGCUUCCUGGGCUGUAAUGUCAUGGAAGACCAGGACCUUCGGGACAUCGGGAUCGCUGACCCCCAGCACCGUCGGAAGCUCCUCCAGGCUGCUCGCUCCCUCCCAAAGUUGAAACCCCUGGGCUGUGAUGGGAACAGCCAGCCUUCGGUUCCUGCAUGGCUCGACUCUUUGGGGCUGCAGGAUUAUAUUCAGUCCUUCCUCUCGAGUGGCUACAGCUCUAUUGACACUGUGAAAAACCUCUGGGAGCUUGAAAUAGUCAAUGUGUUGAAAGUGAAUCUGCUCGGCCAUCGGAAGCGGAUCAUCGCCUCCCUGGCAGACAGACCUUACGAGGAGCCACCGGCAAAGCCGCCGCGGUUCUCGCAGCUGAGAUGCCAGGACUUGAUGUCCCAGACAUCAUCGCCCCUGAGCCAGAACGAUUCCUGCACAGGCAGAUCUGCCGAUCUCCUGCUGCCCUCCGGGGACACUGGGAAGAGGCAACACGACCGUGGGACUGAGGUUGCUCCCUACUCCAGAGCUGAGCGCUACAAAGCACAGGAGGACCGUCGGGAGUCAAAGCUGACCCUGCGCCCCCCCAGCUUGGCUGCCCCAUAUGCCCCAGUCCAAAACUGGCAGCACCAGCCAGAGAAGCUCAUCUUCGAGUCCUGCGGGUACGAGGCCAACUACUUGGGCUCCAUGUUGAUCAAAGACCUUCGAGGGACAGAGUCUACGCAGGACGCCUGUGCCAAGAUGAGGAAAUCCACAGAGCAUAUGAAGAAGAUCCCGACCAUAAUACUGUCCAUCACGUACAAAGGAGUGAAGUUCAUUGAUGCCUCUAACAAGAAUGUCAUUGCUGAGCACGAGAUCCGGAACAUCUCCUGUGCUGCUCAGGACCCUGAGGAUCUCUGCACGUUUGCCUACAUCACCAAGGACCUGCAGACCAGCCACCACUACUGCCACGUCUUCAGCACCGUGGAUGUGAACCUGACGUAUGAGAUCAUCCUCACAUUGGGGUUGGGGCAGGCGUUUGAGGUCGCCUACCAACUGGCUCUCCAAGCCCAGCGAGCGAAGCCUCUGGGUGCUGCAGCAGGAGAAACGAUUGAAACAAAAUCUUCCAAACCGGUGCCUAAACCGCGAGCCGGGAUGAGGAAAUCUGCAGUACUGGACCAAGACUCCCAGUCUCAUGCCAGCGUUUCCUGGGUCGUGGACCCCAAACAGGACUCCAAGCGGACCCUCAGCACUAAGUAUGAGACCACUAUCUUCUAA